AUGAAUGGUGUCAUACGGUACAUAUUAUUAACUACUUUAAAUGUAGAAUUUAUAAUGGGAUAUUUAGGCAAUGCAUUCACAGUACUAGUGAACAUUAUGGAGUGGGCAAAGAGGAGAAAGAUAUCUUUCAUAGAUCAGAUUUUCACUACUCUGGCAAUUUCCAGAAUUGGUUUGCUCGUUUCACUAAUUGAAAGUUUAUUUGUGUCUGAAUGGUAUCCAGAUACAAUAUUAACUAGAAGACGUGUGAAACAAAUUAUUAUUUUCUGGGUGGUAACCAAUCAUUUCAGCAUCUGGCUUGCUACAUGUCUCAGCAUCUUUUAUUUUCUCAAGAUAUCCAAUUUUUCAAACUCUAUUUUUCUUCACCUAAAGUGCAGAGUAAAAAAAGUGGUUUCAGUGACAAUAUUGGCAUCUCUGCUCCUCUUGUUUUUAAACAUUCUAGUCACAAACACACAUAUUGAUGUCUUAAUUGAUGAAAUUCAAAUAAAUACGUUCUACAAUGCUCUCUCAAGUAACUAUACUCAAGUUUCUAGGCUUGUUUUACUCACCAACACUAUAUUCACACUCAUCCCCUUCACUGUGAGCCUGACCAUGUUUCUCCUGCUCAUCUUCUCCCUGUGGAGACAUCUGAAGAACAUGCAGCGCAACGCCGAAGGCUCCAGAGAUGUCAGCACCACAGCCCACGUAAAGGCCCUGCAAAUGGUGGUCACCUUCCUGUUACUGUAUACCGUUUUUUCUCUGUCAUUUCUCGUGCAGGUUUUUAACAUGGAAUUUCAGCAGAAACAUUCAGUUGCUCUGCUCUUGUGGACUACUGAAGUUGCUUUCCCUUCAGGCCACUCAUAUGUCUUGAUUCUGGGAAACACCAGGCUUAGACAGGCCUUCCUUUCCAUGGUGUGGUGGCUGAGGUGCAGGCUCAGUGGUGCAGAGCCCUCAGGUUCCUAA